UGGAAAUUUACUCUACUGUAUUAAACUCAUAAAGAUUCAAAUUGAUACGACAUAUACAGUCGAUACCCUUUACGGAACUAAUAAUACGUUUAAUUAAACAAACUACAAUACGGCGAACAAAGGAAUUGUUCUAGGGUUGCACAUGUUAGAGGUUUGCGCACUUGCAAAGUCUCAGGACGACCAUACAUGCAGUAACCUGAGUCCCCUCGAUUUACAGCUCUGAUGCUGAGGGGACGGACCAUGCGGACCAAGGAAAACAAUGUUCUUGUUCCUAGGACAUCGUGCAUCAAUGCAUGGAAACACAUCGGUCAACAUUGUAAGAAUGCAGCCAGGAAUGUGUGAGUGUACGAGCACAAUCAGACGAAAAUUGUUGUAAGUCGGAUGCGUGUGAACUGUCAGCUUGUAAACAUAACAUUAGGCGAUGUUGUCUGGACUGAGUGUCAUCCCUUUAUGUUAUUCUAAAUGGCUUUUGAAUUUGUACAAAGUGAAAAACAAAUAUGACAGUUUGAAAUAUAAUGGCUUUUAAUUACGUGAUGUAUUAGCGAUGACAUUUUCAUAUCAUUUUAAUAGAAUCAUAAUCACAUAUAUCUUGUUACGUUGACUUGUUCAUAAAACAUUGGAUAUCUUGCUGUGACAUUUCAUGGACGGUACCUUUCUUCCAAAUGGAACUUUCUGAUCUUCUUGUCACUGUGUUGAUAUUACAGAUCUCUCUUUGUACAGGCAUUUCCGUGAGCACGAACGGAGGGAUGGACCGCCUCAUCCAGCUCCAGUUGCUGCAGUACACCCAGGGCAGCACGCUCGUGGACGGCCUCGUGCUCGCCGGCACCAUCGUGGAGGGCGGGCCUGUCUACGGGCGCGAUCGAAAGAUCCUUGGCGGCCAGAGUGUUCAUCCAGGACUUGCGUUUGUGGAUUUUGGAUUCCAAUUAGACAAGUGUCCUCCUCGAACGUUCGGUUACCAGUGCAAGAGCUGGGUUCCAGUCGAGUGCGAAGUAAACAGACACCUUGUGUACCGGGGGAAAUUGUGCACGUGCAAAGUGAACGUGUGCUAACUGACAGUGCUGAAUACCGGAUAGUGUACACUAUAUUUCUACAACUUUUUUGUUGUGUUCAAUCUAAAAUGUGCUUGUGUUAUUGCAAUCGAGUAUUGUUAAGUUAAAUAGUAAAACAAUAUUGACAUGUGAUUAUGCGUACGAUCUGACAAUUGGCAAUUAUCAAAAGUGCUGUGUAACGAUGGUUUUUUGGAAGAAUGAUUUUUUGAUGAUGGGGGGGGGAUCUUCGUACUUAUAAUUUAGCAUGGUACUGUAAUUGUAAGUACACAUGUAGUAUCAAACACUCGUACGAGUUUUAAUACCUUCAAAUCAUGUAUCGCUCCAUAUCUGACGAAGAUAUUUAAUAACACAUUCCCAACUGAAAUUGUGUCUGUCCUAAGGCAAGAUGUAAACGGGUUAUUGUCCCUGUUUUCACAAACAGGAGACCGUCCAGAUCCUUCUUAUCUUAGGUGAAUAACUUUUGUUCAUCGAGUUGCCAUAUUUGUUUCAUUUCUUUGAGCGCUAGAAUUAGUAAAAGUGCAUAAAUAAUAACGAAUACAAUGAAUUACAGUUUGGAUUUAGUAAAUAUUGUAUUAACUCUGAUUUUAUUUUUUAUCCUACAUGAUUCUACCAUUUUGAGGAGAAUUAAAUUGGAUUUACAUUCGUUGAUUUUGAAAAAGCGUUUAGCAUUGUAAGUAAGAAUUAAUUUGUGGAUUAAAUUAGUCGAAUCUGCUGUGAGCUCACAUAUGAUAAGUUUAGUUUAUAUUUAAGAAACAGUUAGGUUUUCAGGAUUGAGGCUUUACUAUUUCCAGCUACAUUGAAUAGAUUUCUCGUUGAAGUGGACACUAUGAGAGACUUUAGCAUAUUUAUAGAAGACCUUAACAAUCUUUUUCUAUUGAUGCUCUAUCCAUAUUCCAGAAUAAGAGUCUGUUGAUGAUAUUUGACAUUAUUCACCAUUGUUAGUUAACAACAUCAGCUCCUCUACAUGAAUGCAAGAAUAUUAUGAUUAAAAGAUUAUACCAACAUGAAAUUCAAUAUUGAAUUGUCAAUGUCGUGCCAGCACGGCAUUCUUUUUUAAUUGUUGAAUGUCGAAUGUGAUAUGUUUUUCAAACUUCACACAACUGCAACACAAGUCAUGUCAGUACGGGCAAAAACACUUAUAUCUCGGGCAAGUAUGUGAUAAUGCUAUCGGUGACGUCGGAAAAUGAUUCGUGUGGAGGAUUUGAAUAAGAGAUAAUUAAACAAAAACAAAAAAAACUCAUUGCCUGAAAUGAACAUGCUACUUUUUGCAAUAUGAUUUUUAUUAAUGGAAUGUUUAAAUUCUGAAAAGAAGGACCAUGCGUGCGUGUAAAAUAUAUAGGAAUUAACGUUGAUGUGUGCCUUUGAAGCAGUAUUACAUCAUCGGGCGCAGGUUUGUGGGCUUCACUCACCAUAAUUUAACAAUAUGUUUACAUGUUUUGUUUCAAAAAGCAUGCUUGUUACGAUAAAAAAAAAAUGUUGUACCCUUGUCUAUUCUUGGGUUUCAACGCUAAUUGUUAUACCUUGCUCGUAAUUUUAAUCUGUAAAAGA